CUCAACCCUUGCCGAGCGGAAUUCCUCCUGUCCGGAACGUGGCACAAUCGGGAAGAUCUCCCGGUAUAUUGCCCUUUGCGCGCACGCGGAGUCAAUGUCUCCCUCGUUUCGACCCAGCCAGUAAUCUUUUCGCGACAACCUGCCCCAGAUUUUCAGAGUAGUAUGAUCCUGCUCGUUGAGGCUGGGAAAUCGGAAAUGACACCCCUCACCGUUGCAGGCUCAUUGAUCGCGAUGUAACUUAGCCGCCUCAAAGGUGAACACGUUCGCAAUAUCGCCCAAGUUUCUGUCCUCUAAUUUUGUCUUUCCAUGUCCUCUAUCCUAUCUCUCACUAUCUCUCAGCGUUGUCGCUUAACUUCUGCUCAAAGUGUCGCGCGCGAUGACAUCCUUCAAGACGUUAUUUCUGGCGACGCUGGGUGUGGCACCUGAUGUACUCGGGGCGAAUUUACUCGCGUCUCACUACACCGGAAGAAUCUACUCGCUUUCCUUCACGGAUGGCGGCAAUGGCGCCACAUUGACCUCCGCGUCAUCCACGUCGGGAUGCGGGUCAUUACCUGCGUGGCUACACGUGGACGGCGGGUCAGUUUACUGCGUCGAUGAAGACUGGAAUGGGAGCGGUAUCCUUGCGUCGUACUCUGUUGGCUCUGACGGCUCCCUGAGGCAAACCGGGCAAGCCGUCACCGCGGGCGCCAGCGUCCACGGCACGCCAUAUGGGGGCGAGGACGGUCACGGAUUCAUAGCCACGGUCGAAUACGACCCGUCAACCCUCACUACGUAUAAACUCCCUCUCGGCGGGAGCUCGACUGUCUUGCAGCAAUUCAAGUUCAAUAUGUCCCAGCCAGGACCUCACGUGCGGCAAAAUACGCCUCACCCACACGCCGCUCAGCUUGAUCCCACUGGGCGGUACCUUUUAGUGCCGGACCUAGGCGCCGACCUGGUCCGCAUCUUCAGCAUCGAAGCCUCGACCGGUAGCCUGUCAGCGUGCGAACCAGGCGUCGCGAGCCCGGGAGAUGGGCCACGCCACGGUACUUUCUGGGCCCCGCAACCAAACUCCGCCGCAGGGCAGAUGCUAUACACCGUCAACGAGCUGGGGAACUCGGUUUCGGCUUGGUCGGUGUCCUACCCUGAGGGGGGUUGCCUGACCCUACAGAAGUCUCAGACGCUCUCGACCUACGUCAAAGGCAGUGCGGCGCCCAACGGGGCCAAGGCGGCCGAGGUCCAUGUCGCGGGGAACUUGUUGUAUGCGGCGAAUCGGGCCGACCAGACCUUCGGCGCCCAGAACGACUCGCUCGCCACGUACAGCAUCGACCCCGGCUCGGGCGCGAUCGCCUGGGUCGAAGCCACCCCGGCCCACGCAUGGUUCCCGCGGACGUUCUCGAUCAACAAAGCCGGGGACCUGGUCGCCGUCGGCGGCCAGACGAGCAGCAACGUCGCGAUCGUCGCGCGCGACCCCGAAUCGGGCAGGUUGGGCGACCUGGUGGCGAGCCUGCGAGUCGCUACUCCGGGCCGGCCGCAGCAGGAGGACGGGCUGAGCGCCGUCGUCUGGGUCGAGUAAGGGGCCCUUUGCCUGCGCGACCUAGGGGUUGAGAGUGCUGCGAGGCCGACGGGAUCGACACGUCGUCUCCGUGUCUCAUGUAUAUAUAUGUAUGGCCGCCCGGCCGCCAUCACGCCACACGCGGAGCUUCGUCCCCUCCGUCUCGGUAAAUAGAUAUAGGUACCGUCUCCCUAGAUAUAUAACCGCCCUGGU